CGCUCCGGUGUGUUCCGGUGGUGUUAACUCGACGCGAGGUUGAAUUUAAAAAGCGGUCGCGGCGUAACUUUGUCGCCACGCUUUUUUUUUUGUGCUUUUUUUUUUUUUUAAUUCUCCCAAGUUAUCUGGUCUUUGUAAGCUCUCGUGCGUCACGCGCGCUAUUUUCGGAAAACGUUACCGCGGUUUUGCGCCGUUACUAAACAACAACGUGUGUAUUUAUGUUAUUUACGCGAAGGGAGGAGGAGGGAGGCUCCGGUGGGUUUAUCUCAACUUCACUAUUCCCCGGGGCUUCUUCUUUUUCUACAAAGCCAGACUCGUCACUUUGUUGUGGUCGCGUCAAACUGCACGAUGGCCGCACGAUUCGACGAUUGAUCUGCAGCUCAAAAAAGUCUUUUUACUCGUGCAUUCGCUCGUUUCGACUCGUUUUUUUCAAAAUUGCACCACCUCCUCCUCACCAAAGCGGAUUCCGUUGUUGUUGUCCCCCCCCCAGUAUGAAAUUCAUAACUUCUGUGUGAGCAGAAAGCUGAAGAAACCCAUGGACCCGAUGGACACUUCCGCAGCCACCGCCGCAGCGGUUAAAAAGCGGCGCUGCGGCAAGAGGCGCGGGAACUGGCGCAAAAGGCUCCACCUCAGGAAGAAUGCUGCCGCUCAGCCCCCGACUAUGCAAAGCCAAGAUAAAUGCGGACCAAAGGAGAUAGCAGAUGAGUGGGGGCAGAGCAAAGUGUGGCCCUCAUCAAAGGAGACCCCCCGGGAAGCGCCACAGAGCCAGCGCAGGACAAGCGACAGUGAGAACACACUCAGGUUCACGUGCACCCAGUGUGGCGACAACUUGGAAUACGUUCCCAGGGACUUGGUGAGACACUUUGAGGAUAAACACAGAGGGAAGCCACCCGUUUUCCCCUGUCACGCGUGUACUUUUAAUACACACGAGUUCUCCUGCCUACAGAUUCAUCUGUUGGGCCACAAGGACACCUUUUCUGGCUGCGGCAUUUGUAAUGACGACGUUCAACGCACGUGGCCGGAAUUCAGCGCACACCUGACUAUGUGUCACUGCGAAAGUGGCAAAUAUUUGUGUCAAAUGUGUCAGAGAUUCUCCACAGGCGACGUGAGAGUGUUUUUAGAGCACAUGUACGCACAUCAUUCGGGCCUGGAAAGAGCUAAUGACGAUCUGUCGCCGCACACAAAGGACAAGAAUCCGUUUGGGCCCAAACCAACCGCUUUACGUUGUCAACACUGUGACUAUGUGGCAUCGCAGAAAUGGUUGAUUACCAAGCACGUUAAAGCUGUCCACGUUUGCAAGAAUGGUGACCAGAGGCGGAAGAAGAAGAAGGAGGUUCAUUCCAUAGCAAUGAAAACAAAUGACCCAAUCCCAAAAGUGAAGCCUAGAUUAACAAGAAGUGCAGUUAAGGAAAUGUGCUGGCUGACACAGGACUGCCUGUCUCUGCCAGGGAGAGAAUUCCUGGAUAAAUACUGCCAUAUGUCCGAUCCACAAACAACACUAGAAGAGACGCAACAGUUUUUGAUGAAAUCUGUCGCCGGUGAAACUGGGGGCCAGAAAUGGACCAAGGCUCUUCAGACCGUUUUGUCCAAUGUCCCGCAAGAUGUGAAUCUUCACCCAAAGUCAGAGAACGGCAUCAUGUCGAACUCGUCGGACCUCACUGUCCUCACGGUCAAGAACAAGAUCACCGUAGCGCAGAACGGUGCCACAUAUGCCAAAAGGUUGAGAAGGAUGACGACGUCUGACAAAGAAGCCGUGUUCCCCGAGAGUACUGCCGAUGAUGCUCGGUGUAUAGUCGACCAAAAGGGAUGUCAGUCAAAUUUGAGUGAUUGUUUCCCUGGUCCGCAGACUGAAACCAAACCCCACAACGAUGUCUCAUCGUCAGCCCAGAGCGAGGGAUCCGAGUGCAGUCAAAUGCAGGAAAACAGGGAGAAUCGGGAAUUUAAGACUGAUCAGGAAACCGAAGAACGUGGUAUAAAAAACCCGGAGCCUACGCGUGAGGAUGUGAUCGAUAUCUCCAGUGAGCUAAAGUUGACGAAUGAGAGCGCGGAGCAGACCCCCAUUCAUAAAGUUCGACGGAAAUAUAAGAGACGAAUUCGCCGACGGAAAGGAAAGGCCACGUCUAAAAAGGGGAAUAAAAAUUCCCCAGAACUGCCCCUGAAAAUAGUGCUGAAGAAGAAUCCUGUGAAGGACGAGCAGUGGGUGUCGCAAACCUCUUCGUCUCCAUCGGAAGGUGAUCCCGUGGACGACCAUCGUGAGCUGCAAAGUCCUCCUACAACAACGAUGGUGACGGCACAGAUUCUUCAAAAUGUGCCGCUAGUAGACGAUCACCAGAAGAAAUGGGCCGGAGCUUCAAAGACUGAUAUGCGUGACCCCGCCGAAGCCAUCAAUCCAUCUCAUCCACAAUCGAGGCCGAGGGAAGAACUCGUCCCCAGCUGCGCUGCACAGUCCGUGGGGUCUAAAAAUAUGGACGGAGAUGAUCCUGGCGCGUUCGAAGGCUCGCCGUCGACCCAUCAAGAAAUGCGAGAUGACGCGGAGGAGUCACUGCCGUUCUCCGAAGCAGGAGUCGAUGAAAGAGGUUCGGCUGCUAAGGCGGGAGCUGUAGCAGAGACUGACGUGGAGAUGUGCCCCGAAAACGUACCGCUCCAAGCAUCAGCCAGUGGCGUGGACGAUGAGAGUUCAGCAGCUGAUGGAGUGACUCCUACAAGAAGUUACACCAAGUCUUCCCCUGUUUCCCAACCUGUUAUCACACCAAAGGGGGCGGUAAACCUGGAAGAUUUGAGCCUUGCUCUUCCUUUGGAGCAGAGUAACCAUGGUGUUGACAGGAUGAAAGACGGAGAAGUGCCUGCAGACUCCCGCUCAGAUCUCAUGAGCAGCAGUCACUCGCCUGCGGUGAAAGCCAUCCAACAAGAGCCCUCACCAGCCUCUUGGCACCGGUGGCAGCCGGUCCCGAAACACCAGGAGAGGGGCCUGAAGUUAGUAGCCAUAAAUCCAUCUCAGUUGGUGAAGCGUCCGGCGGGAGACCAGCCUGUUGUGGUGCUAAAUCACCCGGACGCCGACAUCCCCGAGGUGGCCAGGAUCAUGGAGGUCGUCAACAGGUACAGAGGAGAGGUGCAGAAGGUCGUGUUGUCCCGCAGGACUCUGAGUGCUCUCUCAGCCAUGAGCAGUGAGGCCCCGGAGACGUACGACCCGUCGGACGUCCAGCCGGACUCUGCGGGGCCUGUGAAGAACUCCGUACAGGAGAGGUUUAUUUUGAAGUUGAAACUUCGGAGGUUGAGCAGGAAAAAGUAUGAAGUAGUGGGCGCAGUCUCUCCCGGCAGGGAUGUCGCGACAAAGUUCCGCUGCUGGUUCUGCGGCAGGUCCUUUGCGAGUCAGGAGACGUGGAUGGACCAUCGGCAGCGACACCUGAUGGAGUGGAAGAGGCCAAACUGUGAAAACUCUAGAAUGUCACACACACUGGAUGAAAAACAAAACUAGCCUGGAAAAAAUAGAUGACUUUGCAAUACGACAAAACAGUAAUGGAAACUGUGCUAGCGUGUUUCCUCAUUUUUUUUUUUUUUUUUAAGGUCUUAAUGAGUGGUUGUUUUUGAAUCAUCGUCACGCUUCCUGGAGGGUUCAUGUUCUCAGGGUAAUGGAAACAACUUUUGUCUUUCUCCCAAUAUGAGUCGCUCGAUGCAAACUCUUUGUAAAUUAGUAAUUAUUUGUACAUCCACUGGAACGUGGUGUUCACAACGUAGGUCUUUGUAUUAUUAUUUUUUUUUUUUCAUUUUUGUCUACGCAAUAGCUUUAUUUAAGGUGAUUUAAGUACACUGUCGUAUGGAAUCUUUUAUAGAACACUGUAAAUGUAUAUUUGCCAUACUAUCUGAGUUUUAUGGAUCAGUUAAUGUACGGGUAGGCUAUACAGUGUGGUAGCUAUAAUAUUUAUGUUUUUUGGACGCAGAGACCCACAGGUUACUCAGAUAUACCAAAACUUUGUGUUUAAAAAAACUAAACAAAAAGACAAUAAGCUGUUGUUAUUCAACUUUUAUUUAUGACUUAGGUUUAGUCUUUAUAUGCUUUUCUCUAUGCUUUUUGGGCCCUGGAAUCAGUAUAUUUGUACAAUUUUUGUAUAAACUCCCAAUCAUGGUCAAAUACGGUAUUAUGUUUUAAGAGGUAUAUAUUUCAUUCACUAAUUCAGUUGGAGCAAAUACUCCUUAAAACGGGAUUAAUUAAAAAAAGGAAACAUUUUUCUUUGACACAGAUGAAAUACUAAGAAAAUUAUUUCUUUUGAAAUCUAGAUUUUUCAAGAUUAAGAGACCUGGAUGAUUUGGUCAUGUGUGUGUGUUUUCUCAACAGGUUUCCUCUGUUUUGACUUGAAAUGAUGAUCUUAUCUUUUAAUUGCACUAUGAAAGGAGGAUUUAUAUUUCCCGUUACCUCACCUUAUCAGGCCUAAGCCUUUGACAAUCUCAAACCAGCGUCCUACUGUGGCUAAACAUUUCCUUAUGCAGCCCUGAUCACUUGGAAGGAGAACUAUGGCUCCUGUUUAUGAGUGUGUGUGUGUGUCACUUGAGGAAAAUUAGACAGAACCUUCAUUGUUAAAGUACUUCAUCAGUAACUCGACGCACAAUUUUUUUUUCCAAUUUAAAAAUGUAUAAAUGUAUAUAAUCCAGCUCGAGGUACUGUAAAAUAUUACCAGAAAAAAUUUCACCAAGUGCCUUGGAGGUUUCGUUAUGCAAACAACGUGCACGAGUAUGACAAAUUUAUUUGUUUGAACAGAGAAUAAAUUGAACUGUUGUCAGUUCCCAGUGGUAUUUUCUGAUUGCCGAAGGUGUGAGGCGAGUCAUGCGACACAAGAAUAAUAAGAAUAACUUUAUUAAAACAAAAAUAUACAACCCUGCGCUUUUUUGUAAGUACUGCUGUCAUAACCCUAAUUAUUUGUCUGCCUGCUUCCCUCUUGCUACAGCAACACUAUCUCAUUCCUUGCAUUCAUUUUGAUACACUGUUUACUGACUGAGCAUUAAAAAAAUAUGAAUAAAACAUGAGUUUAAAAAGUC